UAUUACAAUUAGAAUUAAACAGAGCGUUCUCGAAAUGUCGAGUAAACGUUAAUCUGACGUUUGCGGAGAGUAUAAAAGCACGAAACUGCGCGGCUAGCGUCAGUCGAAAAAUAACAAGCAAAGAAUAAACUUCUAAAUAAAAAUAAUAAGUGUUUUUUUUUCUUUUAAUGCGAUCAAGAAUGUCUCUCGUACCGAAGUUAUUUUCCCACUGGUGGGAAACUUUGGAGCGUCCUCACCGUUUGAUGGACCAACACUUCGGAGUGCCCUGGAAUCCUGACCAAAUGUUCCGUGACAUGGAGCGGAACUUCCGCGAGAUGGAGAGAAGAUUUCCAUCAGUGUACUACAGACCUUGGGCUGAUUUGAUGAGAGAAGAUGACAAAGGAGCCUCCACCAUAAAAGCCGACAAAGACAAGUUCCAAGUCGCCUUGGACGUCCAGCAGUUCAAGCCCGAGGAGAUCAACGUCAAGAUUCGGGACAACUUCAUCGUCGUCGAGGGCAAACACGAGGAAAAGCGAGACGACCAUGGAAUCGUGUCCAGACAGUUUGUCAGGAAGUACAUGAUUCCGGAGCAAUGCGACCCGGAGAAGGCCACCAGUGCGCUUUCCACUGACGGAGUGCUCACCAUCACUGCUCCCAGGAAACCUGAAGCCAUUGAGGCCAAGAAGGAAAUACCCAUCAAAAUUGAACACACUGGGAAACCUUCUAUUGAACAUCAGGAACAGGAGAAAGUCGCUGCCAAACAGUAAAUUUAAAUUAUCUAAUUAAUUAUUUAAUUAUUAUUGCAUGUAAGAAACUUUUGUUAUUAUUUAAAAGUCUGAGUCAUUUUUUUUUUUUUUUUUUUACUUGUAAGUUCUACGUCUCAUUAAAAUGUAAUUAGUCUUUGAAUCACUCAUUUUUUGUAAAAAUAUGUAAGUGAAGCCGAUUUCAAAGUUUAGAAAUAAAUGAAAAAGAAAAAAAUAA